AUGCUUGAUUCGUUGACGUUCCUCUUUGAGAAACUUUUCCUCCUCUCUAAUUUAAAUCUUUUUCAUUUCAUAUGGUCGGACGAUGAGAAAUGCGCAAGCUGCUGUCAAACAUCUUCUUUCCAGAGGGGAGAUCUGUUAGAAGUCCCUCGCACCCUGUUCAUUCACUUCGGCAUUUAUUUGGGUGACAAUAAAGUAGCGCAUCUGAUUCCAGACUUCCUGCCUGUUUUAACGAACGACAAGUGUCAAAUUAUGAAAGUCGUCUCAAAUAAGAGACUGCUUCUCGGUGUUCUCACCAAGAAUGCUAGCAUACGGGUUGAUACCGUUGAAGAUUUUGCUUACGGAUCAAACAUUUUAGUUAACAGCAUGGACAGAACAUUCAAAAAGCAGCCACUACCUAACGAAAACGUCGCCAAAAGAGCCGAGAACCUUAUUGGAGCCAUACCCUACAGCUUGCUCUGGAAUAAUUGUGAACAUUUUGUCACCUACUGCAGAUAUGGCUCUGCCGUGAGCCUGCAGACUGACAAGUUCUGUGAAUGCCUGAAGUCUGUCGUUCGGGACCAGAGGAGUGUUCUAAUUACUGCUGUCCUGGGACUCAUAUCCAUCAUUUACCUCGGCAUGGCGCCCUCCACCACACUUCCCACCCUUCUCAUUCCCUUCAUCCUCUGGAUGGCUGGUUGACUAACCCAAGAUAUUACACUGCACCUGAACUCACUGCACAUACUG